AUGGCGAGGAGAAAAUGGCUCGAGGUUGGACCCCUUGUAAAAGGAGUUCCCGGGGCCUUGCAUCAAAGUUUUGAGACAGAGGAAGAAGCCAGACGUGUGUUUGAACAGGCGAGGGCAAAAGGGAACACCAAGAUAGUUGGCGAAGGACUCCCACAGUUCUCUCGGGUUCAAGUUGAGCCCCACCCCCUCAGGGACUCUGCAGUACAUCCCACCGCUUCCCCUCUCUUUCGUGCUAACACAGAACCAUCUUCUUCGGCGAGCAAAUCAAGUACGCCAACCACUUCGCUGGCUUCAAGCCUGAGCCACGCGCCGUUCGAGGUAACAUCCGACUGGCCAUUUGUGGCGACCCAUCAUGUUCGACAAGCCUCUGCGACGGUGCAACCCGCCAGUAAUAGAACCUCUGCGACGGUGCCGCAACCCGUCAGUAAUAGCACAUCUUCUUCUGCGUACGAUCGUCAACCUCGCGUCAGCGUCAAAGCCCCUCCUUGGCUGUUGACUUAUCCUACUGCUCAUGAUUUCCCUUCUGUGGAAAAUUUGGUGCUCUCGCCGCUCAACAGAGCUGACAUACCACUGAGCCCUCUACCCUUAGGGACUCCGAAGACGCCCCCUCACCGCUCUCCGUCCGUUGGUGGGCAGACUCCUCACAUUUUUUCGGACGCUUCACGUAAACCACAACAAAAAUCUUCAACAACCUCUCCUCGACAAGUUGUAGCUCCUUCAACCCCACAAAGGUCUUACACAAGUCCGAGUCUUGGAAGCGAUACACAGGGGCAGGUGCCUCCAAGCAGCGAUCGGCAUGCGUCGCAAACGAGUACACCUCAGAGUCGAAGUCGUGUUCACCCUAAUCAUGAGGUCUACGCCCACGGGUUCAAGCUUGAGCUGGACCCUCGAUCUCCCGUGGUAGGGACCACUUGGAAGCCUAGGGUCCCCGCGACCGUGAAUUCUUUAUCAUUUAAAAGACCCUCGAGUCCAGAGGUUAUGGCUCUUAGUAGCUCAAUGGUCGCCCAACAAUAA